AGCCAGAUUAUAGAGCACAACUGUACAGUCUGUAUCCUGUAUCCUGACACACACACACACACAGAUAAGGUGGCUCGGGAGCUAGUGGAGCUUUCCAGUCUGCUUUAUGAAAAUACCACUCAAGCUCUGCCCUUAUUUAGAUUAUUCUACUGUAGCCUCCAGGGAAAAUUACAUCAACUGGCACCAGCAGACAGAGAAUGCUUUUUGUGUGAGGCUGAAAACAUAACUAUUCAAUCUCAUCUGCUGGAACAUCUGGAAACUAAAGUAACAGGACAAAAUUAAGAGGCACAGUUUCACUGGGUGUGUGUCUAGCUGAGAGAGGAGAACUGGAUGACUAUUUGGUAACUUAAAAAGAAUACUACUGGAUGCAAAAAGAAAAAUGGCUUAUGUUUUUCCAUGGCACUGUGCAUAUCUGUUCAUAUCCUUGUGUGGAUAUCUCUCCCCUUGCAGUGCAUCACCCGAAGGCAGUGCUUUUUUUUUAGAAACUGAAGGGAGCUCCUCAGCACCCAGCAAAGUUGGCUCUACCGUUGUAGAUUUGCAGCAUGCAUACAUUCCUGCCAAGCUCGUGCCCUUGUCACAGAGAUGUCAGUCAGGAUUCUACUACUCAGUUUCUGGAGAAUGCUUGCAAUGUAACUGCAAUGGAAACUCAAACAAAUGUUUGGAUGGUUCUGGAGCCUGUGUGGAUUGCCAAAGGAAUACAACUGGAAAACACUGUGAUGUGUGUCCGACAGGUUAUCGGGGUGACACUACUGGGGGAGUGCUAAGAUCCUGUCUCCCAUGCCCUUGCCCACUGCCAUUCAGCUCCAACAACUUUGCCAUUACUUGUGGGAUUAGGCAUGGUUCUGUACGAUGCAUUUGCAAGGAAAACUACGCUGGACCUAAGUGUGAAAGGUGUGCCCCAGGUUAUUAUGGAAACCCUCUACUGAAAGGAAGCAUCUGUAAAAAGUGUGACUGCAGUGGGAACUCUGAUCCCAACCUUAUAUUUGAAGACUGCAAUGAAGUAACAGGACAGUGUAACAACUGCCUUCGCAAAACAUCUGGAUUUCAUUGUGAAAAAUGUGCACCAGGAUAUUAUGGAGAUGCCAGAGUAGCUAAAAACUGCACAGAAUGUCUUUGUAAUAAGUGUGGAACUGAAUUCUGCAAUGAUGUAACUGGGCGUUGUCACUGCAAGCCGGGAGUAACAGGAGUCAGAUGCGAUCAUUGUGUUGCUGGAUACUACGGAUAUGACAGUUGUCUGGGCUGUCAGAAGUGUGAAUGUGGUUUGGCUUCUGUGGAUAGAAACUGUGACCUUAUAACUCAGCAAUGUACAUGCAAUCCUGGAGCAGGGGGUCUGAAAUGUGAGCGAUGCAAGUCUGGAUACUGGAAUUAUGGACCAUCUGGCUGUCAGAAAUGUAACUGCGGAGGAGGACCCUGUAAUAACAGAACUGGGGAAUGUAUGUUAGAAGACCCUGAUGCACCGACAGGCUCAGACUGCUCCACCUAUAAUUGCGACAAAUGUAUCUGGGACCUGAUUGAUGAUGUCAGACUAUCUGCCUUGUUGGUUAAUGAAACUAAAACGACAAUACUCAGCAUAUCAACUGGAGUUGCUAUUCAGAGACACCUUAAUGAAAUCAACUCCACUGUCUUUCUCCUCACGGGAGAGCUUGAAGAGAAAAACAAUCAUUCAGUAUUUACAAAUAUCCAGAUCGAUAAUACUGAAACUGAAGUGGAUAUUCUCCAGGCAGAAGUUAAUGAAAUUGCUGAUUUGGGAAAUCUAGCAGAGAUGAAAGGCUUUCGGGUGCACAAGGAAACCAUGGAAACCAUGAACCGUGCUAAGCUCAUCGCAGAACAAGUUAGAGAUUUGGAGGAUGGCAUCCAAGAAACACUUGAGAAGCUGGAAUACUUUGAAUCUCUACAAGCAGAGGUUACUUCUUUUGAUCGUGUUCGAAACCUGUUUACAGCAGAGCAAAUUCUUGAUGAAAUUGCACAGCUUAACUUCAGCUCGGCUAGGAAAUUGGUAAACGUGGAGCUUGAGGAUAUGAAAGAACUUUUAGAUGAAAUCGUAGAAGACUGGGAGACGAAGCACAACAAUACUCUAUCUCUGUUUCCCGAUGUACUGGAGGCUUUAGCAGAGCAUAAUGACAAGGUGACCGAACUUCAAGAAGCACUGGAAGAAGCUCGGGUAGACAUCAGAAAAACAACAGAUAAAAACAUUGAAAACGCCAUCAGAGCCCAAAUGAACAAUAAUCAACUACACAAUGUGUUGAAAGUAGCAGACUCCACCAAUGAGACUUUGACAGUUUCCAGGAUAAUUUUAAAUGAUACACACACAGCUAUCACAGAUAUAGGUGGUAUCAUCAAGAAUAUGUCUAGACAAGAUGCUGCAAUAGAUGGUGCUAAUAGAGAACUGCAAGAGAAAAUUUCAAAUCUGUCUCGAGAUGUCGAAGACAUUGUCAAUCAAGCCGUGGAUCAUUCUGCUGUUCUUCAGAGGCAGGCUGAAGGGCUAACAAGUGACUUAAAGGAUGUUGAUACAAAUGGAUUGGUUCAAAAAGCUAUCGAGGCCUCCAAUGUCUAUGAGAAAAUUGUAAAUGUAAUUGAUGAAGCUAAUGAGACAGCUGCAGUGGCCCUGAAUAUUGCUGAACGUGUCAAUGAUGCUGUAGAUGGGAUGGAUGAUCAGAUAAAUUAUCACAAAAAUAAAAGUAUGAACCUGUUUACCCAAGCUAAGGAACUGUCUGCAGAUAUGAGUAAUGACUUGGGCUUAGUAGACACCAAGCAACGCGUUGAUGCUGCUAUUUUUAGAAAAAAAGCUCUAAAGGAAAAAUUGGCAGAUGCCGUUAAUCAACUUGAAAUUUCUGAAGAUGAACAUACAAGAAAGCGAAUAGAAAAUUCCAAACUUAUUGCAGAAGAAGCUCUAAACAUCACUGCCAUGCUAAACAAAGUGACAGAGCCAAUGUCAAAGAAUGCAAAUCUUUGGACAAUGAACCUAAAUAAUAACGAGUAUGACGCUUCUGCUUACAAUAACGUUGUCAACUCUGCUGGUGAAGCAGUGAAAAAUCUGACUGAAGUUGUACCUUUGCUUCUGAGUAAAUUACACGCAGUGGAUCACAAAUGGCCUUCAAAUAAUAUUUCAUCAAGUAUUCAGCGUAUCCGUGAGCUUAUUGCUCAAACAAGGAGUGUGGCCAGCAAGGUACAAGUGUCAAUGAAGUUUGGAGGUGACUCAUCCGUGAAUGUAAACCUAAAAACAAAUGUAGCUGAUCUGAAGGCUUAUUCCUCCAUGAGUUUGUACAUAAACCCAACUGAAUAUCUGAAGAAGCCAGGAGAUAGAUUUAUCAUGUAUCUUGGAAAUAAAAAUGCUAAAUCAGACUACAUGGGACUUGCAAUUAAAAACAACAAUCUAGUCUAUGUAUAUAAUCUGGGAAGUGGAGAUGUCGAGAUUCCCUUGCACACCAAGUCCGUCAACACCUGGCCAGCAUAUUUUAGUCUCGUCAAAAUUGAAAGGCUUGGACGACACGGUAAAGUGCUUCUAACAAUCCCUAGUCAAGGCACCACAGAUGAGGCACUGUUCAUCAACAAGGGUGAAGCACCUGGGAAUGAUGCUCUGCUGGACAUGGACCCAGACAAUACUGUUUUGUACGUUGGUGGUGUGCCUGCAGGAUUUAAGCUCCCUACCAGUUUAACUCUUCCAGGAUUUGUUGGCUGUCUGGAGCUUUCUACUCUGAAUAAUGAUGUGAUCAGUUUGUAUAAUUUCUGGCAUAUUUACAACAUCAACACUGCCACAGCACCACCUUGUGUCAGAAAUAAACUGGCUUUCACUCAGAGUCGUGCAGCCAGCUACUUCUUUGAUGGCUCUGGCUACGCUGUUGUGCGUAACAUCGAAAGGAGAGGUCGGUUUACCCAAGUCACUCGUUUUGAUAUUGAAGUACGAACACCAGUGGAUAAUGCCCUUGUAUUCCUAAUGGUUAAUGGAACAAAGUUCUUUAGUUUGGAAAUUCAAGAUGGCUACAUAAGAGUGCUCUAUGACUUUGGCUUCAGUAAAGGCCCUGUGCUCCUUGAUGACACUCAAAAGAAAUUCAAGAUAAAUGAUGCAAAAUACCAUGAGAUUUCGGUGAUUUAUCACAAUUUCAAGAAGAUGAUUUUAGUAAUUGACAGAAGACAUGUGAAGAGUGUAGACAAUGAAAGAUUAUCAAUUCCUUUCACAGACAUAUACAUCGGAGGAGCACCUUCUAGUAUUUUACAGAGUGUGAAGAGUCACUUGGCUAUAGACAUUCCAUAUAAAGGCUGCAUGAAGGGAUUCCAGUUCCAGAAAAAAGACUUUAAUUUGUUAGAGGAGCCCGAAACACUCGGUAUCAGCAAUGGUUGUCCUGAAGAAUCACUUAUGUCCAGAAGUGCAUAUUUUAAUGGACAGAGCUUUAUUGCUUCCAGUCAGAAGCUUGCACCUUUUGAUGCCUUUGAGGGAGGAUUUAGUUUCAAAACUUUACAACCCAGCGGAUUGCUGCUCUCUCAUUCUGAUGGGGCUGACAAAUUCUCAAUUUCUAUGGAAAAAGGUGCAGUUGUCUUACGUGUAAGGGAUGUCCAAGUUCAGUCUACAAAUGCACAGUAUAAUGAUGGGCUGAACCACUUUCUUGUUGCUUCUGUCUCCUCAACAAGGUAUCAUCUUCUUGUGGAUGAAACAGACACAAGUUUCCAAGACAGACAGCAAACAACUCCGAACCCACCUGUGGAUAAAAAGUUUUAUUUUGGUGGAUCACCUGUUUCAUUUUCCCAAGCUAAUUUUACUGGCUGCAUCAGCAAUGCGUAUUUUACCAGAGUUGGAAGAGAUGUUGAAGUUGAAGAUUUUCAGAAGUACACAGAGAAAAUUAGCACUUCUCUUUAUGGAUGUCCAGUUGAGUCACCUCCUAUUGCCCUGCUUUAUAAACGUGGUAAAAAUACUUCUAGAGAAAAAGGAAAACAGAAAAAAAGAGUUGGGAAAGAAAAAAGUGAUAUACCUGAAGCAGUGAUGGUAUCUAAGGUUGAACAAACUGAAGGUGACUCUGGAGAAGUUUCCCAAUGCUUCUUAUCGCAUAAGCCUAAAGCAGUCAAGUCUGCGUAUCUUUUUGGUGGGACGGCAAACAGUCGUCAAGAAUUUAAAAACAUUCCUUAUGAAUUCAAACAAAAGUCUGAAUUGUCCAUCCGUUUCAAAACUCAUUAUUCCAAUGGAAUGAUUUUCUAUAUCUCCGACAAAGAGGAAAAUAACUUUUUGACUCUGUUUAUUGCCCAUGGCCGGCUCACUUUUAUGUUUAAUGUUGGGCAACACAAGCUAAGAAUCAGAAGCCAAGAAAAAUACAAUGAUGGUCUGUGGCAUGAUGUAAAAUGUAUCCGUGAUAAGAACAAAGGCAGAUUAAUUAUUAAUGGUCUAAGAGUAAUAGAAGACAGUCUUCCUGCCACUGAUGAAAUGUGGGAUGUAGAAGAACCAAUCUAUUUAGGAGGCGUAUCUCCAGGAAAAGCUGUAAAGAAUGUUCAGAUCAACUCAGUGUAUAGUUUCAAUGGCUGCCUCAGCAACUUCCGCAUGAAUGGCUUCUCUAUAACCUCUCCUUCUCAAACGUUCAGUGUGACGCCUUGUUUUGAAGGCCCAGUUGAAACAGGAACCUACAUUUCAUCAGAAGGGGGAUACGUGAUUCUUGAUGACUCCUAUAACAUGGGGAUGAAGUUUGAGCUAGUAUUUGAAGUGCGUCCUAGAAGUAUGUCUGGAAUUUUGGUACACAUCCAAAAUGUGAAUGGGGAAUACCUUAAUCUGCACAUGAAGAAUGGACAGGUUGCUGUCCAAGUGAAAUAUGCAAAUAAAGAAUUCUCAACUACUGUUGAACCAAAACAAAAUCUUUGUGAUGGCCAGUGGCACAGAAUUGCAGUUAUAAGGGAUGGUAAUGUCAUACAAUUGGAUGUGGAUUCUGAGAUAAACCAUGUAGUAGGACCUCUCAACACAAAGGCACUGCACCUUAAGGAGCCUGUCUUCAGUGGAGGUGUACCAGAAUCUCUAUUGGCUUCAAGUUUGACAACGCGCAAUUCUUUUACUGGCUGCCUCCGUAACUUUGUAAUAGAUGAAAGGCCAGUGAGUUUUAGCAAAGCCUCACUCGUCAGUGGAGCAGUGAGCAUCAGCGUCUGCCCUUCAACUUAACACUUGUGUUACUUUUAAUGCCUAAUUAUGAAAAUAAAUAUGCAAACUAAUACACCUAA